AUGUCUGCUGUUACACUCCGUUCCGCGCUGCAAAGCACGCCAGUGUCCUAUGGCUUCUGGUUGACCCUCCCCAGCGCCGCCGUCGCCAAGACCAUCCUCCGCCGCAGCCCCGAGUACACAGAAGGCGGAUUCAGCUGGGUCCUCGUGGACGCUGAACAUGGUCUGAUCAACGACAGCCACUACUACGAGCUCACAAACGCUAUCGGCCACGAAGGCGCCAGCCCCAUCGUUCGCGUCCCUUGGCCGGAAGAAUGGAUGAUCAAGCGUGCCCUGGAUGCUGGCGCGCAUGGAAUCAUGACUCCCAUGUGUCACACCGCCGAAGAUGCGGCCAAAGUGGUCAGUUACUGCAAGUACCCGCCUGUGGGCUCGCGCGGCUACGGACCGAUGUUUGCGCCACAUUCAUUCCCGGGUGUCAAGCCUGCGGAGUAUGAUGAGAAGACCCAUGGGGAGGUGCUGGUUGUUGUGCAGAUUGAGUCGCGGCCGGGAGUCGAGAAUGUGGAGGAGAUUGCGAAGGUUGAGGGGCUGGAUGUGUUGUUCAUUGGACCCUUUGAUCUGGCGAAGCAGAUGCGUGUGGUGCGUGGUGGGGAGGAGCAUGAGGCUGCUAUUAUGAGGGUUUUGAAGGCUGCCAAGUCGGCUGGGAAGAAGGCUGCUAUCUUUUGCUCUGAUGGGGACGAUGCGUUUAGACGGUCGCAGCAGGGCUUUGAUAUGGUCUCGAUCAUUACUGAUGUCGGCGUCUUCGGGGAUGGUAUGUUGCGUGAAUUGGAGAAGGCCAAGGGGUCUGCCCAGGUGGAAGGCAAGCGUGAUGGUUACUGA